GAAGAAGCAGGGCGUACUGGGCCUGCGACAGCCCGACGGAGAGGUGAAGGUGACGAAAGAGAAGGGCUGGGCAUGUGAAUGGCGCUGGGAGUGGGAGGGGUGAGUGUGUGCCUCUUUGCCUCGUCGUGCACAGCCGGCGCUGAUGGAACGGACAGGGAGACAUAUCAGUGGAAGCGCGAGACAAAUGCGCUGGGCAUGAGUGGCGGCAAGGCGGGCUUUGCGUGCGACAUUGUGCGCAAGCCGGAUCCGAGCGUUGCGUGAGUGGUCGCCCUCCAACAAAAGCGUCGCCUGUCGCUGAUGCCAGGUGGAGGACAGCGUCGCACGAUACAAGCCGGCGUUGAAGGCAAGACCGGCGCAGCUCGAGGUGCUGGAUUACAACCUCCUCCGCGUGCGUCUUGCUCCGCCUUCGCUCUCGGCCAGCUACGGCAUCUGACGCUAUUGUACAGAUCGAUAUCGCAGAUCGCAAAGGGCUGGAAAUCACCCUCAUCUGUGUCCUACUGGCGCUGCUGGAUGGCGAGGGAGAGGAUGCGCUUGG